AUGAAAACAGAAGCCACAGAAGACGACGACGUCAAGUCGCUGAAGCGCAGCCAUUCGGAAACCCAAGAUGACGAUGACAGCUCCUCCGACGAUGACAUGGGCCCGCAGCUGCCAUCUCAGGCCCCGAAAAAGAAGCGCCGUGUCCUCCCAUACGAAAAGCUCUACGCCUCGGCCCUGCCCAAGUCACCUCGCUACUCAAAGUCGCUCAUGCACAAGGAGCAACUUGCCUUUGUGCUAUGGACCCCGAUCACCGAGUUCCUCAUCACGGUGUCUGUCGACGGCGUCGUCAAGUUUUGGAAGAAGAUUGGGCAAGGCAUCGAGUUCGUCAAGGAGUUCAAGGCGCACAUGGGCGAGAUUAAGUCCGUUUCUGUCAGCGCGGAUGGUCGCAGCUUUGCUACUGCGGGGCUGGAUAAGACGAUCAAGAUUUUUGACGUAAUCACUUUCGACCUGCUCGCAAUGAUGGAGCUGGACUACGUCCCGCGCUGCGUCUGUUGGGUGCACAAGAAGGGCGCCAGGCUGCCCCUACUUGCCGUGUCAGAGUCUGAAAAGCCGCUAAUUCAUAUCUUGGACGGGAGAGGUGAAAGGACAGAGCCCAUACAUACCAUCAAGGGCCUCCAUCGAAGCCCGGUAACUCUAAUGACCUUCAACGAUGCAUACGACUGCGUCAUAUCGGCAGAUCAAGGCGGUAUGCUUGAGUACUGGAGACCAAACGAGACAUAUCAAAAGCCGGAUAACGUCUUUGCCAUGAAGAGCUCAACAAACCUGUUUGAAUUCAAGAAGGCCAAGGCAGUGCCUACAUCGCUUACAAUAUCGCCUAACGGCGAGAAGUUCGCCACAUAUUCUUCGCCAGACCGCAAGAUACGAGUCUUUGACUUUGCAACUGCCAAACUGUACAGAACAUACGACGAGUCCAUACGCACGGUUGAGGAGAUGCAGCAGGCCGGCACUGCAAUCCAAAAGCUUGACGAUAACGAGUUCAAGCGGAGGUUGGCGCAGGAGCGGGAGCUGGAUGCCCCUGCGCUUGCGGACAAGAUUAAUGUGAUUUUUGACGAGUCGGGCCACUUCAUCAUGUACGGCUCGAUCCUCGGGGUCAAAGUGCUCAACACGUACUCGAACAAGGUGGUCAAGGUCUACGGCAAGGACGAAAACUUUCGCGCUCUCAACCUGGCCAUCUACCAGGGCCAGCCCCAGAAGAAAGGCGUCACGACGGUGGCCAUGGCCGCGUCGAGCAACCCCCUGCUGCAGGAGUCGGAGGUGCGCGACCCGAUCCUGGUGGCGACGGGCGCGGGCAAGGGGCGUUUCUACAUGUUCACCAACGACGAGGAUAUCUCUAAGACGACGCGGGACGUGCAGAACGAGAAACCGACGAUACUCGGCGGGGCCAAGAAGGCGGCCGAGAAGAAGGCCGAGACGGGCUCUUCGGCCAUCAUCCACACGUCCUAUGGCGACAUUCACAUCCGCUUGUUCCCCGACGCGGCGCCCAAGGCGGUGGAGAACUUUGUCACGCACUCUAAGCGCGGGUACUACAACAAUACGAUUUUCCACCGCGUCAUUCGCAAGUUCAUGAUUCAAUGUGGAGAUCCGCUGGGCGAUGGCACCGGCGGCGAGAGCAUCUGGGGUAAGGAGUUUGAGGACGAGUUUAGCAGUCUGAAGCACGACAAACCAUAUACAGUCAGCAUGGCCAAUGCCGGGCCCAACACCAACGGCAGUCAAUUCUUCAUCACCACAGAGAAAACAAUGGCCAAGACUCAAAAAAACAAGGCCACCUCCUACCAUCUCGGACAGCUCAAGGCCAAGCUCGCAAAGUUGAAGCGUGAGCUGCUCACCCCGUCGUCGGGUGGCGGCGGCGGCGGCGCGGGCUUCGACGUUGCGCGCACGGGUGUCGCUAGUAUUGGAUUUAUCGGCUUCCCCUCCGUGGGCAAGAGUACCCUGAUGAGUCGGUUGACGGGUCAGCACUCCGAGGCGGCCGCUUACGAGUUCACAACUUUGACGUCGGUGCCUGGUCAGGUGAUAUAUAACGGCGCACCGUUGCAGAUCAUCGAUCUGCCUGGUAUCAUCGAGGGUGCAAAAGACGGUCGUGGUCGUGGUAGGCAGGUCAUUGCCGUGGCCAAGACUUGCCACUUGAUCUUUAUCGUUCUGGACGUCAACAAGCCGCUGACGGACAAGCGCGUGAUCGAGUCGGAGUUGGAGGGCUUCGGCAUCAGAAUCAACAAGAGCCCGCCCAACAUCACGUUCAAAAAGAAGGAGAAGGGUGGACUGAACAUUACGAGCACGGUGCCAUUAACCCACAUCGACCACGACGAGAUCAAGGCCGUCAUGUCCGAGUACCGCAUCAACUCGGCCGAUAUCGCCAUCCGCUGCGACGCCACCAUCGACGAUCUGAUCGAUAUACUCGAGGCCAAGAGCAGGAGCUACAUCCCUGUCAUCUACGUGCUCAACAAGAUCGACGCCAUCAGCAUAGAGGAGCUGGAUCUGUUGUACAGGAUUCCCAACGCGGUGCCCAUCAGCUCCGAGCAUGGGUGGAAUAUCGACGAGUUGAUGGAGGCCAUGUGGGAGAAGCUGAACCUUGUACGCGUGUACACCAAACCAAAAGGCAAGCUGCCAGAUUACUCGGCGCCUGUGGUGCUGCGGGCCAACCGAUGCACCGUUGAAGACUUUUGCAAUGCCAUUCACCGAAGUAUCGCAGAGGUUUUCAAGACUGCCAUUGUCUAUGGCAAGUCGGUCAAGCACCAGCCGCAAAGGGUUGGACUUGCGCACGAGCUGGCGGACGAAGAUAUCGUGACUAUUGUCAAGCGAUGA